AUGGCUAAACAUAAUCUAUUACAAUUAUCACCUAUUUCUAGUGAUGAACAUGAUGAUACAUAUUCUCCUACACCAUUUAAUCCAUCAUCAAUUAAUCAAUCUGAUUUGGUUGAUGACUCACGUGCUCCAUCUCUUGAAUCUCUCGACAACAACGACAAUUCUCAUCCCCCACACACUAAUUCGAUCGUCAUCUGCCCAACACAACGAUUAGUCACAUUCUCUACAUCUAUACAACAAUCAACAUUUAACGAUUGGGAAACCAUCUCAUCCAAUGACGAUGAUACAACUUUUACACAUACCGAAAUUCAACGGUCACCUUUAACUUCUCGUAUAUCAACUUAUUUACUUCCUAUUCGAGAAGAACUAUCAGAAGCUGAACGACGGAAAAUUCAUAAUCGAUCAUGUACAAUUCGUCAAAGACAACGAUAUUAUCGCCAUGAAAUCAUUCGAAGAAACAUAGAUGGUCGUUUUACCAUCACUCAAGUAAAAAAUAUCCUCCGACAACUUCAUAUUCCCUUCAAUGUUGUUAAUAUUGCUCGAUCCAACAUAACACACAAAUAUUCAUUAUAUAUCGGACUUCGUAAUCCAUCACAACUUCCCGUUUAUCAAUAUCAAACUCGUUAUUUAUUCACCACCGACCAUUAUAACGAACUUCAAUCAGCUCGACCUCAAUUUCGUUCAUCUUCUCAUUAUAAUCGCCAUCGUCAACCUUAA